AUGUGGAUUGACUGCCGGUCAGGAUUGCCGCUGAAGUGUAACGUCGCUCGCGGUGGUUCGGCCGAUAGGAUGACGACUCUACCAGGGCCAAACUGGGAACUUCUAGUCAUCGCCGGUGAGAAAACAGAGAAAACAGAGGAAACACAUGGGGUAUCCCCAGAAAAACCUGGAAUCCGGAGUAUCUCCGCGUUCUGGGUCUACUAUGCCUCGGAAAGUACCGAGCACCUUUCAACAUGGUCCAGUCUUUCGCAACAGGCCCACUGCAACCACAAUUGA